CGUCGCUGGUCACAUUAACUCGGCCUUCUCUCGCGAUUUGACAGAAGUUCAAAUGCAGGAGAAUUUGGACACCGCGUCUUCCACAAGAGGGAAACACACAAAGCUGAAGAGGAGACAAACGCAAAACACUUACAUCAUGAAGUCGAAAGAAGCUGAAAUGUCUCCAGUCAAAUCAGGUGGCGAUCAGCCAACAGUGGAGACUAACACUAUCUCCAGCAGCUGGGAGGAGGGCUACCUCCAUUUUGCAAGACAUAUCAAUAAAUACUUUGGUGCCAAAGUUACCAAAGAAGUUGAUCAAGAUCAGAAUAGGGGGGAACAACUUCCUGAAGAAAAGAAUAGCACUUCCUCACAGACCCAGGGUGCCAUGUCACAAUUGCAGCAAGACAAACCUACCAUCCAUGGAACAGGAGGCCUUUUUCACAGCAGCUCUAAUACCACUAACUUCGGAGAGAACUAUUUCCAAACGGCCAGCCACAUCAACCAGUAUUUUAAUGGUCAAAGUGGAUUGAAUGAGGACACUGAUGGAAAUCUCUUAACGGAGAUGGAUCCUGGAUCUGCUACCUCUGAGAGACUAAAGACUGUGUCCUUCAUGGACUGCCUGUACAACCCCACAAGUGCCAUCCCUGACUUGCUGGGUGCUUAUCUGAAACUUGGCCCUUUGACUCAGACCCGUAAGCCUGCGAUGAUGUCGCCAGAGACAAUGCUGAAUAAAAGGCUGGUAUUGAGUCAGAGGCAGACAAAGGAAGUGACACGGGGGCUGAUUGGCACUCUGUCACAGGCUUUGUCUCCCGAAGCUCUGGCUGCCUGCGUGGAGGCUCUCAAUGAACACCUCAUCCGUUACCCAUCAUGCAAAGCUUUAAUGUGGCAGGAAAGAACUGCAGUCACAUUGUUGAAAAAGCGACGGACCAACAGAGAUAACCAGGUGCUUCAGAGCGCGUUAAGAGAAAGCUUGGCUCUCAUCGGCUAUGUGGACCCGGUCAAAGGUCGUGGCAUAAGAGUGCUCUCAAUUGACGGUGGUGGCACACGAGGUGUGGUGCCUUUGCAGGUAUUAAAGCUACUGGAAGCUCAAACAGGCAGGAAGAUCCAUCAGCUGUUUGACUACAUCUGUGGAGUGAGCACAGGUGCCGUUCUGGCCUUCAUGCUCGGUCUUGCCCAUUUUUCUCUCGAGGAGUGUGCUGACAUGUAUCGUCGCUUUGGCUCUGAAGUGUUUCGGCAGAACCCGCUGGUCGGCACUGUGAAGAUGGGCUGGAGUCACUCUUACUAUAACACUGAGACCUGGGAGACAAUACUACGAGAAAAGCUUGGAAAUCGAGUACUUAUCAAAACAGCUGGAAAUGAGUUGAGUCCCAAGGUUUCAGCAGUCAGCGCUGUGGUAAACUGGGGUACCAGUCCAAAGGCCUUCGUCUUCCGCAACUACAACCACAAACCAGGCUCUCUCAGCCGCUACGCAGGAGGCUCAGCUUUUCAGAUGUGGCAGGCAGUGCGAGCGUCGUCCGCCGCCCCAGGAUACUUCCAGGAGUUCCCCUUACAGAGUGACAUUCACCAGGAUGGAGGAAUCAUCUUGAACAAUCCCUGUGCCUUGGCUGUUCACGAGAGCCGUCUAUUGUGGCCCAACCAGCCCUUCCAGUGUGUGCUGUCCCUGGGCACUGGUCGCUAUGACAAUGCAAAGAAGGGACCGACCACCUCCACCAGCCUGAGGGCCAAAAUCAGCAACCUGAUCAGCAGUGCUACUGACACUGAAGGAGUCCACACCCUUUUGGACGAGUUGUUGGCUCCAGAUGUGUACUUCCGCUUCAACCCCAUGUUAAGUGUUCUGGUGUCCCUGGAUGAGAGUCGGCCGCAGGUCCUGGACCAGCUACAGAUAGACACCCAGAACUACCUGGAGAGAAACCGGUCCAAAGUGGCACGGCUCUGUUUGGUGCUCGGGGCGGAGCGCUCAGCUGCGAGCAGAACUAAGGACUGGAUGGAUGAGAGGGCCUGGGAGAUGAAGCAGAGAUGGGUGUGAGUACGUACAAUAUGAGGUAUGUGUACGCAGAAAUGCAUACCCAGUGGACAAAAUAACAACCCUGAUGUAUUGAUGCAAUUUGGUUUGCUUCAACUAGGUGGUUAUUUUCAGAAACUCUAUGGCAUUGUCAAUCUGUCAGUUUGUCCACCAUUUCGGCCGGAGUGAUUUAUUUAAUCAACUAUUGAAUUGAUUGCCAUUCAAUUAUGUACAAACAUUCAUGUUCUCCAGAAGAUGAAGCCUCAUUGAAUUUGGUGAUCGCCAUUAGCCCAAGCAAAAAAAAAUGGAUUGCCCUAAAACCUGGUGCAGACAUUCAUGUCCGUCUCUGAAUGAAUUGCAUUUAUUUUGUUGAUCCCUCACCUUUUCAACUAAUGACAUUAUCAGGUCAACAUUUAGAUUUGUUUCAAUACUAAUUUCAAAACUAAAAACAUUCCCGUCAGCCUCUGUUGUAUUUUAUGUUUAGUAGAACAUUUUAUAUUGCUAAUUACUAAACAAAGAUGGUGAACAUGGUGAACAUUAAACCUGCCAAACAUAAGCAUGUUACUGUGAGCAGGUUAGCAUUUUGCUCAAAGUAAAGUACAAUAUACCAGAGCCACUAGUGUGAAUUAUAUGCUGUGUCUACACUUUUCAUACGCAUAAAUGAGACCCCAAUAGUAUAGUUAUGCCUCAAGUCUCUUUUCUUCUGUUUUAUGUGCUACAGCGAUUGUGUGUUGGCCUAUGAGUUGUUGAGCGCCUACAUGUGAUCCCAGUUGUCUUUGCUUAUUGCAUUUUUCUGUCUUUGGCAUCUGUUAUUGUGAAACUCGGCCCCUUGGCAAAAAUAUGUGAUUUGUAGAGUUUGCGGCCCCUUCAGAGGGGGUUGAACCAUCACCAAGAGACUUUAAGUUAUAAGACAACUUAUAGAGUGACAAAGAAGCCAGAUAGUUGUUCCGAAGCUUCAUCAAAUUCAUCAAGGUUAUAAUGUCAUAAGAUGUUUUGGCUGUUUUAUCCACUUCCUGAUAUACAUGCGGGCUAUUUUAAGCCAAAUUAAUAUGAUGUUGUCAACAAGCCUCACUUAUAGUACGUUCAUGCACUUUAUUAAAAUGCUUUGUGUAAUGUGACAUAAUGCCCUAUCUGAAUAUUAAUAUUAAUGUCGCACUUCUCAGUGUUGUUAAAUGUGAUAUAAGCUAUAAAUUAUUCUUUUUA